AUGGCAGCGAUAUUAGGUGGAGGUUUGGGAGGUUUAUCAACCGGUUACUAUUUAUUGAAAAAUAACAUAACUAACAAUAAUAAUUUGAAGAUAUUUCUAUUAGAAGCUACAGAUUAUUGCGGAGGGUGGAUAAAAUCUAUAAGAACUAAAGACUAUAUAUUUGAACAAGGACCGAGAACUAUAAGACCUCGAGGUGCAACUGGUCUGAAUACAUUGAACAUGUUGCAAGAUUUAGGUCUUAGCGAACAUAUUUCUGCAAUUAAACCCGACCAUCCCGCUGCUAAAAAUAGAAUGAUAUAUGUUAAUAAUUCUCUACACUUAUUACCCUCAAGUAUUAAGAGUGUAUUUCAAAAGACAGAACCGUUUUCCAAACCUUUAAUUUACGCUGCCUUAAAUGAUCUCAAGAAUCCUCAUAAAGAAUUGAAAGAUGAUUCAAUAUAUAAUUUUGUGGAAAGAAGGUUUGGAAAAGAGAUAGCCGACUAUGCCGUAUCACCAAUGAUUUGUGGUAUUUGCGCUGGGGAUGCUAAAGAAAUUUCAGUGAAAUUUCUUAUGAAAACACUAUUUGAGUAUGAACAGAAUGAUGGAGGUGUUAUCAAAGGGCUUAUGAAAGGGAUGUUCAAAUCAAAGAAUGAAACAGAAAUACAAUUAGGUGAUCUAGCAAAGAGAGCACAAGAAGAAAAGUGGAAUGUGUACUCAUUAAAGGGAGGUCUUCAAACUAUACCCAAUAAGAUGAGGCAAUACCUUCAAGACAAUGAUGUCAAUUUACAUUUGAACAGUCAAAUCGAUGAAUUAGAAUUUGUUGACUCGAGCUUGGUUAAACUCAAAAAGGGAAAUGAAACUCUGACUGCCAACCAUGUGUACUCGUCAAUACCAUCACAUGUUCUAGCAAAACUAGUUAUGAAACAGCAUCCCGACCUGGCCAAGAUUCUGAAUGAUAUACCAUUUGUGACGGUCGGUAUUGUAAAUCUAUAUUUCGCUACAAGAAAACCAUUAAUAAAACCAGCAUUUGGAUUCUUAGUACCACCGAUAGAGAACUCUCCCAUAUUAGGAGUUGUAUUCGAUUCAUGUUGUAUUCCCGAUCAAAAUGGUACUGUUCUCACCGUUAUGUUGGGUGGUAGAUGGUUCAAAGAAAAGUUUGGACCUAACAUCACUAAGGAACAACUAUAUGAUAUAGCUAUAAAAGAAAUUAAAUCCAUUCUGAAGAUAGACGAGCAAGUAUCCGCUCAUAAUGUUAGCAUAUUAGACAAAUGUAUCCCUCAAUAUGUGAUUGGUCAUUACGAAAGAGUGGACGAGAUAAGGCAGUAUAUUGUGAACAAUAAUUUACCGAUAUCACUGAUUGGCAGCAGUUAUGACGGUGUCGGCAUCAAUGAUGUUAUUUAUUCAGCAAAAACUCAAGUCGAAGAAGAUAUUAUAAAGUAA